AUGAAAUUCAACAGCGCCGGUGAAUGGGUGUGGACGGGACUGCACGGAAGCAGCGCGAGUGAUACCGCCCACGGUCUGCAGGUAGAUGCCUCGGACAACGUUUUUGUGACCGGCGUCACAGAAGGUGACCUGGAUGGGAACGGCAGUCCAAGCGGCAGAGAUAUGUUCCUGAUGAAGUUCAGCUCUGCUGGGACCCAUGCCUGGACAAUGCAGCGCGGAGGAAGCAGUGGAUCUACCUACGGACAAUCUGUGCAGUUGGACAGCAGCAGCAACAUCAUCGUGUCUGGCUACACCAAUGAAGUCUUGGAUGGCCAGACACCCACCGGGCAGGAUGUGUUUGUCAUGAAAUUCACGAGCAGCGGUGCGUGGCAGUGGACGCGCGUGCACGGGAGCACUGGUGUUGAGAACUUUGGCCAGAUGCAGGUGGACGGCUCUGACAACAUAUUCGUGGCGGGCUACACAAACGGGGAUCUCGGCAACGUCAAUGCAGGUGAGUGGGACCUCUUCCUAAUCAAAUUUGACAGCACAGGGACCUGGAAGUGGACCAGCCAGCAUGGAUCAAGCAACAAUGACGUGGCAAGAACAUUGCAGAUCGAUGGCUCCGGCAAUAUCUAUGUGGCCGGCUUCGCCAAUGGACCGCUGGACGGACAGGCAUGGGCAGGCCUGAGCGACAUAUUUCUUAUGAAGUUUGACAACCAAGGGACCAAGCAAUGGACCGUCAUGCGUGGAAGCAGUGGCAAUGACGACGCCGAUGCCCUGCAGUUGGACGGCUCGGGCGACGUCCUCCUACUGGGGAACACGGAUGGUGGCCUGGAUGGUAAUACUCAUUAUGGAAACUUGGACAUCGUCCUCUUGAAGUACGACAGCAGCGGAACAUGGCAAUGGACGCAGCAGCUGGGGAGCAGUGCGGGUGACGCGCCACGUGCGCUGCAGGUCGACAGCUCUGACAACGCUUACCUGGCGGGACAGACAACUGGUGACCUGGGCGGCGGCAGCACGGGCAAUAAUGACGUCUUCGUCAUGAUGUUGGCGCAGCCUACGACCUCGACAACGAUGACUAUGACUACGACCCUGAGCAGCAGUACGACGGCUUCCAGCAGCAGCACCACCACCACGCAUACAAGCAGCAGCACUGCAACCAGCACGAGCAGCAGCACGAGUGCCACCAGCAGCACAACCACGACUAGCAGCACCACGACUAGCAGCUCCACGAUCACGAGCACCACGAGCACGAGCACCACGAGCAGCAGCACAGUCACAACCAGCACCAGCACCAGUACCAGCAUUACAUCCACCACAAGCAGUAGCACGACCGCUACCCAGAGCAGCACAACGAGCGUCAGCACCAGCACAACAACAACCACAAGUAGUAGCACAAGCAGCACCACGAGCAGCACCACAUCCACCACCACAGAGACUACCACCAGUAGUAGCACGAGCAGCACCACGAGCAGCACCACAUCCACAAGCACAGAGACCACGACCAGCAGCAGCACAAGCACCACCACAAGCAGCACCACCUUCACAAGCACAGAGACCACCACCAGCAGCAGCACAAGCACCACCACAAGCAGCACCACUUUCACAAGCACAGAGACCACCACCAGCAGUAGCACAAGCACCACCACGAGCAGCACCACGUUCACAAGCACAACAUCCACCACAACUAGUAGCACGAGCAGCACCACAAGCAGCACCACGUCCACCAGCACAGAGACCACCACCAGCAGUGCCACAAGCACGACCACAAGCAGCACCACAUUCACAUGCACAGAGAGUACUACGUCCACCAGCACGGAGACCACGACCAGCAGCAGCACAACCACCGCAACGAGCAGCACCUCCACUAGCAGCACCUCCACAACCACAAGCACCAGCACGAGCAUAAGCUAUACUUCGUCAACUGGUGCUACAGCAGCUGAACGGGAAGCACUACGUAGAAAGGAGAUCGAGCAGGCCGUUGGCGAAGUCGAUGCGGCUGCCGAGGAGGCAGUGCUACAAGCCCUCAACCUGUCGUCGCCGGAGCCGGUAUCCAUCCCAACGGCCGCAGGCACACUCCAGGUCGCAGCCCUGUCACCCGAAGCUCUGGAAGAAAGAGGUGGCAUCGCCACAAUCCCCAUCGGUGACGACAGCUCCCGCUCCUUUGUGAAGGUUUCCUCUGCUGUCCUGCAGGCAGCUCAGUCCGUGGCUGGCACAGGUGAACCGGUGGUGCUGAGCGUCCUGAGCCUGUCGGAGGAUUUUGCAAGCAAGUUCGCGGAUCCCACUCGUGGGGAAGCAGGCGCGGUCGCAACGCUCGCUUCGGACGUGCUGGUCAUCGACCUCCGGGGAACGGAUGCACAGAAGCUGAAGCUGGGAAGGCUGCCGGAACCGAUGGCACUGCAGCUGGAGGCCAAAAAUGCGACAGCGGUUUGUGCGUACUGGGAUGAGGACAACGGCCGAUGGUCCACCAAGGGUGUCGACACCCUGUCGACGGAAUCGGGGCUCCUCAGCUGCCAUACCUGGCACCUGUCCAUCUUCGGCGCCGUGCUGCAGGAUCUAUCGCAGGUGCUAAGAUGCAGCACCGCCGCGAAGCUCUUUCAAGCCGAAGCACUGAAGAAGAUGGCAAGGCUUGGCUGGCUCGGGAGCGGCCCUGCGAUCUUGGUGCUGUGUUUCUGCUUUCUGUGCUGCUGUGCGAUACUGUGGGGCCGCUACCAGGAUCGCCAGGCUUUAGAGACGAUCCCAUGGAUCGAAAGGGAAAGCUUGCUGCUUCGCGUGCAGCAGGACGGUGAGGCUACGCGUCCAACUCGCCCAAGCUUCUGCGGCCGGAUUCUAGGAUGCAUCAAAGUUCCAGUCCAGAAAGUCGUUGGGUGGCUGUUCCGCGCUGAAGUGGAGAAGGCCAUCGAACUCGUCAGGGAGCUGUUCCGCUCGCCCAAGGCAAUCAUCAACUACUGCAUUCAAUCCCUACAUGCAGUCAGGACGGGAGUUGACGUGGAGAGUAUCAGAGUCAUCAUGGCCGGCAGCCGCCGGCUUCGACGUCCCGAAGCACAGGAGGAGGGACAUCCGCCGCAGCCGCGGAUGUCCGUGUUCAAGAGGUUCACCCGGUCCGUCGUGCGACCUUCUACGAGGCUUUCGGCCAGCCAUGCGAUACAAGCCGUCUCAAACUUUUCAGUCCGCCUCAACGUCAACAGUGCUGGCGUCUCAGCGGUGGAAGACUUCCUCCGCAGCUCUCCACCAAAACGGAUCCUGCUACUGUUGCAACCGAUGCAUCCCUGGUUGGUGCUGCUGCGCUUCUGCGCCUUCACGCCCGUGAGCGUUCGCACCUCUCUGCUCAUCAUGAAGUUCCUCACUGCGGGUUUCACGAGCGCGCUGUUCUUCACCGGCGGGGCUAAAGGGGAGGACGACGACCCAGGAUGCCCCCAAGCAGAGGGACUGGCAUCAGAAUGGACUCAGAAGUUCUUUGUCGGCCUCUUUUCUGCUGUGCUGGGAGAUGGCAUCCUUCUCUUCCUCUUCGCCUUCCAGCGACGCCCAAUCGUCGAACGCGCAUCGUGGUCGCUAGACGACUUGAACAAGCAGCGGGCCAUGUGGAACCGGAGAACCUUCCAGUACUGGGCACUCGCAUUUGUAUGCAAGGGCUUCUGCCUCUUCUACGUCCUACUCUUCCUGGCAAACGUUAGCAAAAAAGACCAGGAUGCGUGGCUGGAAGCUGUGGGCAUAGCUCUGCUACAGGACGUGGCUCUGAUGCCUGUGGUGCUGUCUGCUUGUUUAGGCACUGUGGCCUCUGUGGCGAUCUGGCGCAAUCCGCAAAUCGAACAAAGUAUCAAAGAUGAUUGGAUUGAGGGCUCCGACGGUUCAAAGCGCAGCUCCGUUGCCAGCGUUUUGUCCGAUCCAGGUGACGCCGCUAUACCGCUACGCAUUGAGGUCGCUGGCGGAUCCCGGCGAAGUUCCACCGCUGACAGCGCUGCCAGUGCUGCCAGCACUGUGUCUGAUCCAGGUGUCACGCAGGAGACACAGCACCGUGCUGACCCGGGGCAGCUGUUUCCAGUGCUGCCCGGCGUGGCCAAUUGA